GUCAUCCGUUUUCGGACGUCGUUCGCCCGAUCGAUAAUACAAAAAUUGGGAUUGGGGACUGGCGGAGGUCAUUAUCUUGUCUAAAAAUUGAUGGCCAUUAACAUCUCGGUAUCUUAAUUAGUAAAUUAUUUAAUCGGACGUGAUAAUGGAUACAACUGGUGCUUACGGAGGCGGGAAAGCCGGGGGGGCCUUUGAUAUUCAGGCUUUCAUCCAAAGACCACCCGUUAUAGUUAGGGCGGUUUGUUGGCUAUUCAGCGUGAUAGUGAUGGGCUGUAUAUCAGCUAAAGGCUGGUACAUUGACCCCACGGACAAGAAAGAGUACUGCGCUUACAACAAGGACACAAAUGCUUGCAACUAUGGCGUGGGCAUAUCCGUGAUCGCGUUCAUAGCAUCCAUCGGCUUCAUCGUUGGAGAAUACUUGUUUGACCAGAUGUCCUCCGUCAAGACUAGGAAGCAUUUUGUGCUAGCGGAUAUGGCAUUCUCAGCUUUCUGGGCAUUCCUGUACUUCGUCGGCUUCUGCUACCUGGCCAAUUCGUGGGGCAAGACCGAGGUGGCGCCCAAAGGCACCGCCAAUAACAUGCAGGGCGCCAUCGCAUUCUCCUUCUUCUCCAUAUUCGCUUGGAUCGCCUGCGGAUUCUUCGCGUUCCAACGGUUCAAAUUGGGUGCUGACGCGGCCUUCGCCCCCGCUUACGAGGUGGAGGGCGCCGUGGGGAGCCCCGGCUCCUUCCCGGCCUACCCCGGAGCCCCCGACCCGCAGCCGACUUACAGCGAGCCGCCGUUCUCGCAACAACACACCGGCGGUAACAUCGACUACACUGCCCCCACAUACUAGGCCACGUCUUAAGGGUGGCCAUUCAAAUCCGCCUUUUAAUUUGCAGUGGUUAAUAAUGUAGCACACCGCUACCACCUUCAAGUGAAAAUUUGUAACUAAUUUCACUAACACCCGUACAGGUAAAUGUCUUUAAUUUAUUUUAGCUGUCUCUUUCUCGCUUAUUGACCAGACAAAGAUUUUAUUCCCUGAUUUUAUUCAUUACAUUCUGUACUUUAAAUAUGUCAGAUUGCAUACGUCAAAAAACGUGCGUUGAUCUCUUAAAAAAUUACAAUAAGUUGAUCUACCUACGUCUCUUUCUCACAUUUACUACACUAUUAGUUAGAGUGUGAUUGUGAAAAAAUGAUUCAAAAUACAUAAACAUAAGGUAAUAUAAACAUAAACAUAAAAAUAGGGUCAAAGUGCGUUUCUGAAAUGUUAACUGUCAUUUUAUAAAGUUUGAAUGGUAUUAGAUAUGUAUUGUAAAUCUAGCAGCGACUUAUGAAAAUAUGUUACAAAUUUUCACUCAAUUCUAUUAGGUAUUCUCAACUAAUAUAUAAACCUUAUAUUUUUUAUUUAGAAGAUAUUUUUUUCCAGUAUUGACAAAAUUCGCAGCAGAAUCUUUUUAUUGAUCAUUAUUUUUGUUAGAAUUUUUUAAUGGUUUCCUUACCCAAAGGUUGAUUUAUUUUUGUGUGUGAUCAAGUCAUAAAAAAGUUAGUUUUAAGUUUACUAAUUCUUACUUACAAUACCACGUCCAUUUUUAUUUUAUUAAGUUUAAUUAUUUUAGCUGGCAUCUAAGUGUGUGUCUGUAAGAUAUUGACGAUAUAUUAUACAACAGUGUGGUAAGGUCUAACAAAGAUUUAAAAGUCACACAAGUGUGAAAGGGUUGUUGUGCAAAGAUACUAAACUAUACUAUAAACUCAUCUUAAGACCCAUUACGUAUAAAAAAUAACUUUCCAACGGUUGAAAGAGUUGUAUUAAAAAAAUGGGGAGUAAUAUUUUUUUUAACAUACGACAUAAUAUUAUACAAGGAAGUCUUAUAACCUGAGCACUGCUGACAUUUGCUUUAUUAACUUUUAUGUUUUUGUUAGAACUUACAUUUUAAUUAUAAAUAUAUAUAAAAACUUGUUACAUGCUGACAAUUGUUAACAUUCCCGAAAUAUCACUAAUACAUAUAACUUUAUAAUAUAUAAUAAUAACUAUUUUAAUGUAAUCACGUAACAGCUUCACAGUACCUGCCUGUAGCUAUAUAUACAUAUGUAUGACAAUAUAACCCCAUAUAAAUAUAUAAUGUCCGCACAAAUUUGAUGCAAAACUUUUAAGGGAAGGUAGAACACAUGAUUAUAAUAAGAAAAUAGAUCCUCUUACAAAUCAUGACAAUUUUCUUAUUUUUUUUUUUAGAUACAUAUUUAUUUAAUGAUUACAAACUAAAACGUCUUAUAAAAAUAAUCUAUUCUAGACUUUUUUUAAAUAGAAAUAUCCAAACUAGUUUUUGGUUAAAUUGUGCGGACGUAAUUCUUUAUGAUCAUUAUCUGUAAAUAAAAAUAUACUUAAAGUCCAUGUUUCCCGGCUAGUGAUUGAAUGUGAUAUUAUUUUUAUUUUGUUUUUUUUUUUUUUUAUUUAUCUACAUUAUACCAACAACAAUUUAUUUAUGAUUAUGUGAUAAAGGUUUAAAUAAUUGAACACUGUGGAACCUUUUACGGUUGAAUUAAGUACCUGUAUAUAUUUCACAUUAUUUCGUGCCAUUUUAUAUCGCUUUAAAAAAAAUACUUUUUAUCAGUAGUAAUGUAUUUAUGGCAAUAUAAUGACUUUAUUGAAUUGGAUAUUACAUACAUUUAUUUUAUUAAUGUGUGUGCGCGUGAGAGAAAUUAAUAUUUUAAUUUUUUAGACAAAUGGUAAUUGGUACGAUAAAUAACAUGAAAAUCAUUAAAAUCAGUAUUUAUUUAUAUGAGUAUUUUUCACUAGCCACUUAUCAACUAAACUGAAUUAAUCCAUUCUUCAUGUAGAAUCUCAAGCUCACAUAAGUGUAAGUAAUUCACUUCGACAUGAACGUCGGUUCUCAUAAAGUUCAUUCUUGUUUCCCAUCUGUAUGGAAUACGCAAAAAAUGACGCAGCAUACAUAUAUAAGCACGUCUAUACCCCUGGCGGGGUAAACAAAGCUGACAGUCUUGAAAAGCCAUGUGAAGUCUCGAAAAAAUAAUGCAAAUUUUCAUAUAUUGCAUAUCGUUGGUAGAAAUGCGAAAAGUAAUUACUUUUAGUUAAUAUUUAUAACGAAUCUUAAUAAUUUCGUUACCAAAGGACUUAGAAUUACAUAAUAUAAUUAUUUAUACUGAUAAAGUGCAUUUCUUUAGGUACUGAAAUAAUCUUGAAACGUCUCAUUGUUGAAAAAUACAUUUUUAAAUUUGAAAAGCCUACAUAUGAAAGAACAAUAUGAAUCGAAAGAUGGCAUGAUAAAUUGCCAUUAGCCAUACUUUAUUUUAGAAAUGUAUUUUCUUUUAAAAAAGACUUCAACCUCUAUUUCACUACCUAAGACUUUAUUUGAAAUAUCAAAACGUCUUGUGAACCAAAACGAUCUGAAGUGAACAGUAUUAUUAAAAAAGAGUUAAUAUAUAAAAUAUUUGCGCUUAUCCAAGAUCAUAGUAUUUUUUUAAAAAUAAAAUUUUAGAAGUAUGCUAUCUCUUGUUAGUAUUAAUUUUAAGGCACAUUAGGAUUAUUAUUAAAUCGCUGGUAAUAAUUAAAGGUGCUUUUUAAUUUUUGCUUUCAAAGAGCUAUCUAAAUAUUGGUGACAUAUUAUAAUUGACAACGGUGUAUUCUAAAUAUGGACCUACGGCUUAAAUCUUAGUACAAAAUAAUAUACUAGAGCGAUGUUAUAAUAAUUGUAAUGUGCCAAAGUAGGGGGCUAUUCAAUCGCCUUUUAAGAUUUUUGCAUAGUACAUAAUACAUUGAUGAUAUAUCUUUAUGAUUACUUUAUGAGGCUGCACUUUGUUUUGAUGUUAUAAUUUUUUUGUCUAGUGAGGAAUAGAAAUGAUGAUUAUGUAUGCACGUACUUUUAUUUGAUAAAUAAAUUAUACAUUAAACAGCAUAUUUUUUUAAAAAUGUAUUAACUUUUGUGUUUUUUUUUUCUUAGUUUAUCUUUAAAUUAAUUUAUCAUAUAUGAUUUUCAGGUACUAUGUACUAUACAAAAUCUGUAGUAAAUUUUAUCACUUCCAUAGCUUGCACUGUUCUUUGUAAAGUUAGCAAUAACUUUUUUGCUGUGUAGUGUACUGUUUCUCAUCAUUAAAUUUGGCUUAUUAUUGACAACUUACUCCUUAAACUAUUUGGCGUAGGAGACCGAAAUUUCACGUGAGUGAUAGGGAACCUAGAUGGUAUUUCCCGAAAUUUCCAGGGGAACACGGGAUUUUUUCGUUGUAAUGGGCGCAUCCACUGGUGGGUUCUAGUUAAUUAUACUACUGAACGCUCGCAGCCAGCCCGUGUAAAGCGAGAAACCCCGACCUUAAUGUUCCCGCGGGAAUUUCGGGAACCUACAUGCGUUUUAAAUCUACACCCAGGGAUUUCGACUGGAUGAUAUGUCAGUCAAACAGUUUCUUUUUUAUAUUGAUUAUAAAAUAUGCAACGUGUGAGAAAUGAGUACAUUGCACGUUGUGAUGUUCAUAUCAGUCUUGUGAGAGGGCAUGGAGUGAGAUUUCCAGACGAUUUGACAUUUAUUUAUAUUCUCUAAAACGAAUUUGGUUAACGAAAUGUGUCCGGAAGAAAUUACGAUGUCAGAUAUCAUUAUUGAUUCCCAGCUACUCCUUUCGACCGAACUCGGAUUUUAUUUCUUCCUUUUACUAUCGUAUAGAAUAAAGGUUGAAAUAUUGUUUGCUUACGAAUCGUCUGGUGUGGUAUAUUUGUGUAUACUGUACUUGUUUCUUUUAAUUUCAAUAAACAAAUAUUCACAACAGACCAAAUUUGUUACAUUUAUAAAGUUUGUAAUUGGUAAUGACUAGAUAUACCUAAAUUUUAUAGGUACUGGUUUUUUUCUUACAUUGGUUAAGAAUAUAUCACUGAAACUUUUAGAAAGCUUUCCUAUUGCAAUAAAUAUCACAAUAAUAUGUUACAAUUUAUAUAUUGAUCAUAAUAUAAUAAAAAAUAUUUAUAAGUAAAAUAUUGAUAAAAUAAUAUGCAAAUGGUAUGCUUUUGUUAAAUAAAUGUGCAACGUGAAUGCCCUUGAACUUUUCGAUUGAUAGAUGUUAUAUUAAUUAAUUGAUAUAAUUAAAAAUCUCAUAUACAUUGUAAUGUAGCUACUACAAAUAUACUUAGAUGUAGAUAUGUAACACGUAUGUCGGUUAGAAGUCUGUUCCAAAGAUAAUAAAUAAAUAAAAAAAAACUAUUAAACAAUAAAAAAAAAUAUUGUAAUAAGUGUUGAAUAUUAACGCUAAUGUUCGGUGUUUGACAUAAAUAAUGAUAAGGUGUAUAAAGGUUGGUAUCGAAUCGCUAUCUUAAUCUAUUGUGUACUUAGAAUGGCUAAUCCGGGUAAUUUGUGAAACAACGAGAUAACAAGAAUAUUUCAUUAAGUAUUUUUCACUAUACUGACAAAUGAUACAUUUCUUACAUCUUAAGGUUCACUGAGGAUGAUGAGAAGGACGCUAUUUGCAAGUAUAUAUAUAUAUAUAUUUAUAUCAAAUAAUAAUUCAUGGAAAGUAUUGUAUUUUAUAUUAACAUGGAGCAGUCGAAACAUGUUCUUGUCAACUUGAAAAAUUUGAAUUUUAUCUAACUUUGUUGUUUGUUUAAUAUCUAAAAAUACAAAAGUUGUGUUACCAAAGAAAAUAAUUGUUUUCGUCAUACUAAGUACCUACUGACUCAAAUUUACAAACAAAAAAACAUCAGAGUUCCGAAAUGCCUAUUUAAUGUUUUGUGCAAGAAUGUUAAAUUCAAAACAGGAUACGAAGGUUUUCAUGUCUGUAGCUCGCUUUACUUUCCUAGAUUAAAAAAAUAAGCUUAGUGUGACAUUUUUCAGUAUUGUGAACGUAUCUUAAUGUUCACUCCAAGUAUUUCUUGUAUGGGGCUAUUAGGUCUUAACUGUUUGUAUGUGCACGCCUAAAAUAUAUUUGUUACUUAUGAGUCUGUAAAUUUAUGAUCGAUACAAGAGCAAGCAUUAAUGUUUGUUUGUAAUAUAUUUUUUAAUUUACUAGGUGAACGCCAAUUUAGCAAUCACUGGUAAGGGAAGAAAUCUAGCUAACAUUUCCAUUUGAGAAAUCAUGAUAUACGUGAGUUAAUCCCUACGAUACCCUAAAAAUCUAAAAGAGACUAACUAUAAAAUAAACUGUUAUUAAAUGAAGUGAAUGGAUCACACUAACAUAAAAAUAAUACUGGGAAAUCAUGCGUUAUCGGAUAAUGUUUAAAUCUGGGUUAUGCGUUAUCAGGUCAUCGUUAUCAUCAGACGGGAACUAAUUCGCAUUGAUAACUGUUAUUCACGUUGGUAUGGUCACAGAUUAUGUAAAGCUAUAGUAGAACAAAGUACAAAAUAUAUUGUAUAUAUUGCAUUCAAGUAAUAUUUAAUAGAUCCUUAACUACUUAAUAAAUAAAUUCAUAAAUUAUAUAGUCCCUGUAAGCCACGUUGAAUGGCAAUGCUUACUCUUUGACCCAAAAAGCUUCCUGUCCUCUGGAAAAAAUACAAAACGGAAAUGCAAAUAAUAAGCUUUAUAUUUUUCUUGAAUAGUUUUAUCACUAGUAUGAGGACACAGAGAUUCACUUACGCACAAAAUGAGUAACGAUUAUAGGUAAAGGCGUGCACCCCGUUCUUUGUGUUAAGUGUUUAAAGAUGUGCAAAUGAGUAACGGUAAAUAAAUUGGAAUGAUAGAUA